AUGGGAGCCAACGUCUCAGAACAUAGACGUCCAACAGUGGGUGUUUUAGCGACUGGGAUGGAGGAGCUGAAAGGCUUCAGAUGCCCAGCUUAUGCCACUGGACUUAGGAGCAUCUAUUCCUACAGGCAGCAGUCGAUGGUCGACGAGACUCACCAUCAAAGUCUUCCCGAGUUGAGGGAGAAGUGGGAUUUGAGCACCAUGGAAGAUUCGUCCUACAACUGCAACUGCACUGACCAACAGCACUGCCUUUCCAAAUCCAAAUCAAACCCGAGCCUCGCCAUAGGCUCUUUCCUCGAUGAGGACAGCAUUGACUGGAAGGACACGACCUCCUCUGAGGACUCCAACUCUGAGUGUUCCUCCUGCCACUUCCUCCCUCCUACCCAAGAGUCACGGGAGACUGAAGCUGGAAGGAUGCCCUUCGGGAGACGACAACAAAUUCAGCACGGCCCAGAGAAGCUCUGUGAACCACCCAUCGUGCAGGCAGUGGAGGCUUCGGGGGGCUCCCACCAGGAAGACUCCAGGGCUACUCUGGACCUCAGUGCAGACUACCAGAGGAUGCAGAGGAUAAACCAGAAUCUGGGCAAACUGCGAGAUCUAACAAAAGGCCUCAGGGCAUUGCUAGACAAGGAGAAAGAUGACAAAGACGGUGACCCUGUGUUCUCCGACUCUCCUCUGGACGAGGCUCUCCCACCGGGCACUACUAGCGCCUCUCCCCAGAUGGAUCACGGCAGUGGUCAAGAACACGAGGCUUCCCAGGCCUUGCCCAAGUGGGAACCACCAGAAAAUGAACACCUCGGCACGUGUCCAGACAGUUCACCCGGCCUGGAAGAAGAGGAACCGCUUGAGAUGAUAUGCCAGGAGACUGGCUCUGCUGACAGCCUCUCAGUCACAGCUGGACAGGCAAAGGAGGGGGACCCACCUGCCCACUCAGAGAGCACGUCCUGUCUCAACAUCAGGUCCAUCAUGCACUGGCUCAGGAAGCGGGUGGCCUCCUCCCUACCAGGGAGAAAGCGCCCAGAAGCAGCCUACAAGGACACCAGUCUGCUGGAACCAAGGAAAGGAUGUUUCCUUAGAGGCAAGAGAAUCCAACCUCGUAAUCCCUCCACUUAG